GGUAGGUGAGCUUUGACAAACAGCGCCUCUUCGUGGACAAAAACACCCAUAACUGUCAAAAUUAAAUACAUGUGUGAGUUUAUCGUUUAACUGCUACAAUGUGAGACAGGCGACGAAUAUAGCAGAGGGCGCAACUGUAAGUAUUUGGGCUCUAGCCACACAUAGACUGUUUGUUUUGACGUUAGCUUAAGAUAAAGAUGCUAACAGAGACAGCUAUCGUUAGUUAGCUAGCUGACAGCAGCAGCAGGAACAUGGACUAAGUGCGUAGAGAAGGAAAACGCCAAAUCAUUUUCUUAUUUUAGAGUCAAUGCUAGCCGCUCGAGCAGUUGCGGUGGGCAUCACUUUGAUAUCUGUGGCCAGAACGAUGACCUCUGUGGCAGCAAAGACAUCCUCUGAAUCCCGGGGGCUGCACGCAUCGGCCAGCCGGGAUGCACACUCAGGCUGCCCGCGACACAGGCUCCAGAAGCUGCUCGCGGUGCCAGGAUACGACCUGAACCGAGUUAACGACCUGCUGCUCCUCCGGCCUGAUACAGACGGUAACACUGCUACAGAACCAAAGGAGAAGAGCAGCAACAGGCAUGUUGUGUUCUUUCACGGAGAUAUUCAGAAUUUCCAGGAGGAGAUGGCUCUGCAGCCUGAAGGAGCGCAGUGGCUGUCCUGGAGUCUGGAGCAGGUCGCCCUCAUCCUGGGCCGACGUUUCCCUGACCGACAUGUGUGGGUGGUCAGAGCCUCCCACAUGUAUCUCCACAAGUUCAGCUGCUACCAUAACUUUGUGGAGAGCAACAUGUUCGGGGCACCAGAGCACUCACCAUAUUCACCUGACUUUGGAGCAUUCAGCCACCUCAGGGCCCUGCUGAGCCACGGCAUGGAGCGAGCCAACCUACCAAACCCCCUUCAGCCACAAGGAGGCGCUGACAGCAUCCCCUCAGGGUUUUCACUGACUGUGGUGGGCUUCAGCAAAGGCUGCGUGGUGCUGAACCAGAUGGUAUAUGAGCUGGCCGGGGCCCGCGCAGACCCUCAGCUGUCGCACUUUGUGAAAUGCAUCUCGGACAUGUACUGGCUGGACGGCGGGCAUCCGGGAGGCAGCGAGACCUGGGUGACAAACAAGCAGGUGUUGAAGGAACUUGCUGCCAGUGGAGUGUCAAUUCACGCUCACGUGACCCCUUACGAGGUGUGUGACCCAAUGCGGGCCUGGGUGGGCCGUGAGCACGGAUACUUCAUUAAGACCUUGGAGGAGUUUGGGGCCAUUCCAAGUAAGAAGCUGCACUUUGAAGACGAACCCCCCUCCAUCGACAACCACUUCAGGGUCAUCCAGGAUUUUUGAGUAUGGUGUGAAUUGGUUGUGAGCACUUACGUACAGAUUGUCUUAUUCGCUGGUCUUACCUCAUUUUUUUUUUUUCUGAUUUAAGGGCUCAGAGUUUAGAGCAUAUGACAGAUGCUGGUGUGUUGUCCUUUCUACUACUAAAUGCACUUGACCUGAAUUUGAAUGAUCCAGGGGCCUUUCUCCUGCUCCCAGUGGUAGAGUGGUUUGAUAUUAAGACAGACACCAGACUGAACCGGUGUACUGAAUUUAACACUAGGUGUCACAUGUGACUCAGCAUCCAUUUCCAAGUGAAACUUAAUGACACCGUGUCCCAAAAGCCAGCGAGCGUCCAAUCAUAGUCACAUCACAUAACACUGGAGCUCUCAUUGAAUCCAUAAAAUAUCAACUUUUGUUACAUCAUGUAAACAAACAACAUCCCUGUCAGCUGUGCACACAGAUCAGACCAGAGAUGUAACCACUGGGUAAGUAGCCAGCUUGCUAUGUUCCUAGGUUUGUACUUUGGAAAAUAGAAAACACAUUUUAUAUUGUGAUAUUUACUGUAAAUCACAUAAAAUAUAGCCAGCAGCAAGUAGGUUGUUAUUAGAGUUGGUCAUUUACUAGAAACUGUCAGCUCCCCAGCGAUCUCCUUCCAGCCAGCUGACAGCUUAUUAAGGUUUUCGUAGGGACAUGAGGGGAUAUUGUGUAGACAACUCCUCAUUUCAACUUCAUGACUCAGUUGUUCUUCGUCCAUUAUGGCGCUUUUAAAGCAAGAGACAGGAGUAAAUAGAAACAGGGCAUCUGACAAAAGUUAAGCUCUAAACAGUGCACCGCUUCACUUGUGGCCAGUUUCAAAUCCAAAAUGUUGUCAUAUUGGUGCAGUUUUCGAUUUCUUGAGUGACUAACUCUGCCAGGGCUCAUCUGGUCACCCAAAAACACACAUGAAUUUUCAACUGAUCAAACACAAUGUGCACCGCUUGUCCCUCCUCCGACCUCUAUUAAAAUUUGAUCUCCUUGGUGUUGCCGGCCUCAGCUUGGCAGUAAAUUGUGCACAGCCUGUUAGACACUCGUUGCUCCUUUAUUGCACUUGUAAACAUAUAUAUUAAUCACAUUGUCACAUUGCUUAUUACUAAUGUAACACAAGUUGGAUUCAGUGCUGUGAUGCCCUCAGCACAGGUUGCAGAUGUAGGCUACUUUUUGAAUUUGUGGGACUUGUCAUGAUGACAAACACAUCAAUCAAUCAAUCAAUCAAUCAGUCAAUUUAUUUGCCGGCUCACCUGGUUUGCAUCAAAUCAAACCAGUUUACACUCAUAAGCCCGACCGGACCGGCAAAACUAGAAACCCAACUCUACCCAGUGGCCCUGAGUAGGGAUAUGCAGGUAAGAAAAUGGUCUUCCUUCUUUAUUCUUCAGGCUAAAUGUAACUUUGUACAUUUGAUUGUGGCUAAAGCUUUAAGCUGCUGCAGAGCUGUGGAUUUAGAAACAGGGAUGAUUCAUGUUGUUUCAGUUCGAUUUUGCUUACGCAGGAAUUUCUCUAAUUUAAGGUGUAUAAGAUUAAGUGUUAUAUUUCUUUUAAUUUCUGCUGUGAUUUUUAAUUAAUGUAUGUUUGGCUGAAGCAGAACAGCUUAUUACAUUGUGUUUAUACCUGCACUUGUGUUGAGCUAAUUUUAGACCUGUGAAUGUCUGAGUGUGUGAACUUGAUCUUAGUGUCAGGUUCAGACGUCAUCAGUUGGUUAUUCUUGAUUGUACUCAAAUGUUUGGCCAAAGAAUGAAGCCAAGUAUUUGGUCUGUUGACAUUCCUUUAGUUUUAUCCCAAUAGUGGCCUGUUCGUUAAUAAAACGUCACGUAGCUGCACUUUUGGUAAAAAAAACUGAGCAGCUGAUAACAAAGUCUCACCUUGGGGUCCAUUUUGUAGCUGUUGUGGACCUUUCAGUCAUAUUACAUGAUCUUUUUCAGCAAAUGGAGCUGAUUGCUUUCAACUCCAUCUGCUGUUGAAGACCAUGUGGACCUUAAGGGGAGAUUUUGUCAACUGUUGUUCUUAAGUUCAAGAAUGAACUUCAUAUUAUCGACAGCAUUCUUCGACACUUAAUCACUUAUAAAUAUUAACAAAGCAUGUUUACUUGCUGUCUCUUCGAUUGGACAUUUCCCUACUACACAUCUUAGUUUUGUUUCGAAUAUAUACCAGAUUACCUUUCAAUUAAUUUAAUUACCUUUAAAAAAAAAAAAAAAAAGAA